UUGAUUUUUAGUGACUGGUUAAUGGAUGCAAAACGGUGAGCGCUUCAAGAUGAAAAAGUUCGCAGCAGACGCAGGCACACUAUUUAACAGAGCAGUACAGUUUACAGAAGAAAAAUUGGGAUCAGCAGAAAAAACAGAAUUAGAUGCCCACUUUGAAAACCUUCUACAGAGAGCUGACAAAACUAAGUUAUGGACAGAACGAGUAUUACGCCAGACAGAAGCUGUUCUGCAGCCAAACCCGAAUAUAAGAAUGGAAGAUUUCUUCUACGAGAAAUUGGAUAAAAAGAAACGAGAUAGAAACAAUCACCAGGAACAAUUGGGCAAUGUGAUGAUAGAUGCAGGCAAUGACUACGGUCCAGGAACAUCAUAUGGUAAUGCCCUGGUCAAGUCCGGUCAAACACAGAUACAGAUAGGUAAUGCAGAACGUGAAUUCACUCAAGCCACUGUCAAUAACUUCCUACAGCCCCUGAAAAGCUUCCUGGAAGGGGAUAUGAAAACAAUACAGAAAGAAAAGAAGAUUUUAGAAGUAAAACGAUUAGACUUAGAUGCUUCUAAAAAUAGAUUGAGGAAAGCAAAAUCCACCGCAAGUCAACAACAGCCUAACUCCACUACCAACACCCUGACCCUCGUAGAGGCUGAAGCGGACUUACGGGUGGCCCAAGCGGAGUUUGACCGACAGGCAGAAAUCACAAAGCUGUUGUUAGAGGGUGUCAGCAGCGCUCAUGCCCAUCACUUGCGGUGUCUGAAUGACUUCAUUGAGGCCCAGACAACCUACUACGCCCAGUGUUUGCUGUACAUGCAAGAUCUGCAGAGACAGCUGGGAAGUUACAAUGUCGGUGGCGGAAACACUGCGCCAAAUACCUUGGGUCCAGGUAUUUCAAAUAACUUUUCCACCGAUCCCAUGAUACCUAGUGCACCUCCCAUGAUACAAGUCAUAGCUGCUACUCCAAACACAGAGAAAAAACAAGCCCGUGUUCUUUAUGACUACGACUCGGCUGAUAGCUCAGAGCUCUCCUUGUUGGCUGAUGAGUUAAUAACAGUGCAUCGACUUCCGGGUUUGGAUCCUGAUUGGCUAAUGGCAGAAAGAGGCCCUCAGAAGGGGAAAGUACCAAGUACAUAUUUGGAAGUAUUAGAAUGAUGCUAGGUCACUGUAUAGUUGGACAUCAGUAAUUAACAACUCUGUUUUCACUAUCGAUUUAUAUAGAAUGGGUUUACCAUUGUAAUCAAAUUCUCCACACACAUGCUCUCAGAAUUUUGUUGCCAUCUUCACUAUUUUAUAAUUAUGAUGUGACUGAUAUGUCUAAGUUUUUGUUGUUGAGGAUGUUGGUGAUUUGUGUUCAUGCAUGGUUGGAAAAUCAUGUGUUAGAUUUAUGAUAAAACAUUGAUAAUUUUUUUAAAUUAUAAUCAUUAAAAAUGUACAUUUGACAUAUUUGAACAAAGAUGUCACACAUCAAUUUUUUUAUGACCCAGAUUUUCUCAUAACACAUAUUGAUGCGCAAUAUCAGCACUGUGAUAUACAGAGGUAUGAGAUAGGAAUUCAUUAAAUUGUAAUUUUCAUGACCUUCAGCAGACCAAAAUUAAGGUCACAUCAGAUAGUUUUUGCUUACAAUUGGAAACUAUAGCAUCAAAGUUUACUUAAUGUACAAGGGUAUCAUAGCUUACAAGCUUUCUAAUGAAGGUAUGGCCAAGAUGUGGAAGCAAACUUCUGGAAGAUCAAGAUUAUUGGUUUUAGUUAUGGUGAAGGCUUAUAUUUUUAUUGUCUGUUAUGGUUUUAUUGUAGUUUUAUGCUUUAAGCUUAAUUCUUUAAAAUUGUUGGUUUUUAAUUUCGUUAAUCUGUUGAAAACAGACAUCAAGUGCAUGUUUAAAUUUAUCAAGUAAAAUAUUGAUGAUUCAAAAGGCACCUGGUUUAAGAAAGUCGGGUACCACUUAGAAUAUACACAGUCUUGAAUGUAUGAUUACCAUUUUUAACACAUUGCUAAGGUAGUUUAAUCUCCUGAAUCAUUGCUUACUGUGAUUGAAAUGUGAGAAACUUACUUGUAUUUUACCAAAAUGAAACUUAUUUAAAAAUUCAAUCAUUUUACAUUUAUAAGGAUCUGUUGUUUUUAUUAUCAUAACUAUUAUUUCGCAGUAAAGCAAAAAUAUGGUGUCCCUGUAGUGUUAUUGGUCCUACUGAUGUGGUUUUUAGAUUGUUAUUUUAAACAAUUAUUGAUUGAAUAUUAAAAGUGUGUGACAGUGCUGAUGUUUUGAUCAGCAGUGCAUUCCAUGUUAGGGCCUCCAGUGUAUCUUAUCAAUAUUUUAAUCAGCUGAAACGGGCUCUACUGUUACACAUAUUCAUACUUUUUAAAGCUAUACAGGGUUGUGCUCUCCUUGAUAUCCAAAAUGAUUUAUUUUCUUUAAUCUAUUUUGGAUUGGAAUGAAAUCAGAAUAGUGUAACAAAAACAAAAUUGAACAUAAUUUUGUGUUGAAACUGAUACAUGUGUGAAUCAUGUACACGUAAAUGUUGUACAUUUUGUAAUUCAGAUUUUUUUAGGAAAUCCCUUUAUUCUUAACACACAUAAUUAUUCCUUAAAGAAAAACAAAAACUAAUCAAAAACAACACAAAAAAAACAAAAUAACAAGAUGUAACAGCGUAACACUUAAUUUGUUGAAGACACUGGCAAUGUUUUAGUACAUAGGUAAACUGUAGAUCAUAGAUAAAAUUAAACUAUAAAAGCGUUGAGACCUGUAAGAACUAGAGUAGAAUUAAAUCCAGUAAUUUGGGUUGGAUUUUUUAAGGCAAGUUCAGAACACCAAUUGCAAAAUUUUGAUAAAACCCAAUACUCGAGAGAUAUAGCAGGGUCCCAAAAUUUGAAUGAGUCCCACAGGAAAAGCUUGAGUUCAGGACUCAAAUAUCUGAGUCCCAAAAGUCAUUGAAAUCUACUGGACCAGAAGUCAAAGUAGUUAUGUAUCAUUAUAAAUAAUUUAUCGUGUACAGAUAAUUAGCAAGCUCCACUGUACUUCAUUACAGUUUUCUCUGUUGUCAAAACAUGAUAUAUAUUUUAGUGAUUACUAAUAAAGAAUUUUUUUUAAAAAACCUGGAGGAUGCAUGCAUACAUCAAUAUUAACUAACAAUGGGAAAACUGGGAACUUGAUUAGUUUGACUAAAACCUAACAUUGUCAUCUUACUGUAUAAAAUAUCACAUUAUUGUGUGGAUAACUCACAGGCCCCUGUGUUUUACUGUAUAUAGCUUGCAUAUCUGUACUUUUACUAUUUAUAGAACUUCAGAGGUCUCCAUGUUCCCUACUCAUACCCUAUUGAUAGCAGAGCAUUUGAUAUUUACAUACUGUAUGGUAAAUCACGGGUACUUGUCCUUUCUGAGUGUAGAAUGCAACAAGCACCUGUGCAUAUACAGUUCAGGUCCCUGUGUUUUACUGGAUAUAUUCUGUGUAGUAAAUCACAGGUCCCUGUGUUUUACUGGAUAUAUUCUGUGUAGUAAAUCACAGGUUCCUGUGUUUUACUGGAUAUAUUCUGUGUAGUAAAUCACAGGUUCCUGUGUUUUACUGGAUAUAUUCUGUGUAGUAAAUCACAGGUCCCUGUGUUUUACUGGAUAUAUUCUGUGUAGUAAAUCACAGGUCCCUGUGUUUUACUGGAUAUAUUCUGUGUAGUAAAUCACAGGUCCCUGUGUUUUACUGGAUAUAUUCUGUGUAGUAAAUCACAGGUCCCUGUGUUUUACUGGAUAUAUUCUGUGUAGUAAAUCACAGGUCCCUGUGAUACUUACAUAAGAUGCAACAGGCCCCUAAGUUCCCUACAAAGGGAUUUAUGGACCCUGUGUUUUACUUGAUUCAAUUUAUGUACAUACCAAUCAGGUAAGUAACAGGUCCCUGUGGUUUUUUUCAACAAAUCUCUUUAUAGGUUACAGGUCCCUGUGCUUAAGACAAUUAAAGUUUUUACUGUAAUUUAAACAACUGUACAACUGAUUCUUGUCAAGUGAGAAUUAUGAAAAUAUCAAAUGUUGAAUGAAUGAGUGAAUUAAUAAUUGUACAUAAGAUUUUAACUUUGAUUUAUUUGCAUUAAUUGAUGUCAAUUUUAUCACUUGAAUGCAUAGUCUGUGCAAUAGUUUGCUACAGAAGUUGAAAUACUGAGAAUGUUGACUAAUGCACAGUACUCUGUGAAUAAAGAGAGAAUGACUAUGCGAUGACAUUGUGGUUAUUUAAGUAUGUCACUAGGUACUCUCAAUAAAUCUCUAUUUUUACUUGUUUUCAAAUUUUUUUCAGUUUCAUUUUAGUAUCCCCAUUGUCAUCCCAUGUACUGUUCCAUUUCCUCCCACGAACACAUGUUGUACAGUGAAUUACUGACGAAUAUUUAAUUGCAAUGAAAUCUAAAGUAUUGCUUGUACAUACAGUGUAUUUAUGUGUUUGUGAAGCACUGACAUUGUAAUUACAAUUUAGAGAUUGUUUUAUAUAAAAAGCCAAGUAGACAUGUCACUCUCAGAGUUCUCACUAGUUUCCUGGAAUGCUACCCUCUAUAUGUAUGCUGUCAACAAUUACCAAAUUUUGCUUUUGAUUUUCAUAUUGUAAUCUGUAAUUUAGAAAAAAUGGGCUUAAUAACCGUCACUUUGAUGAUAUGAUAGCACACAGAAUUUGAAUGAUAGUCUAAAAGUUAUCACAUCCUUCCUGUUAUUGCUUAGGUCACAGGAGACAAUAAAGUGUCUUGUAUUGUCAUAAAUCCUGCUUUAACACUAAGAAGAAAUGUUCACAAUUCAACCCAAAUGUAUAGUGUUUGCAGUAGCUAAAAUUGACUUUUUCAAAUUCAUACAAAUUCUAGUCUUCGUUCUAGCUGUAGGUUUUGAUGUAAGUCUAUUAAGCUUAUGCUAACUAUUGACAUAUGCUAUAAAGACUACAUUAUGCUAGACAUACAUAAUGUCAGUGCUGUUAAGACAAACAUCCAUAUACAUUAGUUAUGACGUUGAUAAACAUAAUGUAUAGCAAUGUCAUCACAGGACUGUGCUAGCAUACAAGUAAUGUCAUAUCUAGUAAACAAAACAGUAUUAUGUAGCAUACAAGUUAUAACUUAUGUCAAACUUAGCAUACAUUGUACAAGUUUUAAUGUCAAAGGCAAAAAUCUUAUAUAGAUACUUCAUGUAUAUUGCAAUUAGUCACACAGUGUAUAAUAUUGGUGCUGGCCUGUCACACAGUGUUGGCCCAGUAAGGUUGUUUACUGACUGUAGGAAUCUAGGUUACACGAUGCAAUAGUGAUGAGAUUUGUACCCACUCCCUUGUACAUUACCCUGGCCAGCAAGUCAGCCUGGGGCUGUACCUUGAAAUUCUCUGUAUAUAGGGUUAAAGUAUAGCCAACCCUCAAAUAAACUUAAUGAAACAUGUA